CUUGCCAUCCUUGAUGACUACCUGAACACAUCAGCACCACACUUCGCCAGCAUACCAUCUUCACAGCUACGCAUCACCACCUUCAAUGAUACUAUUGUCCCUUUCAAUGAUGCCGAGGAAGCGCGCCUAGUUGAGAGGCUCCGCCCUUUCGACCUCAUCUCCGCAGUCCGCGAACGAACCGCUUUCCCAGGCUCUCUACUCCACCAGCUCCCCAACCUGAAACUUUUGUUAGCCACUGGAACGCAGUUUGAGAUGUUUGAUCUCGCAGCGGCUAAGGGACUGGGGAUUAUUGUCGUCGCUGCUCCUGGUCUUGGCCGAACCGAUCAGACCGGACCCUCGCGGCCCAAUAUCAAGAAGGGCAGAGUCCAUCCCACAACACAACACACCUGGGCCCUGAUUUUAGCCUUGGCACGAAACGUUGCCGCCGAUGAUGCCGCGAUCAAGGCAGGUACUGGCUGGCAGAGCGGACUCGCGACUGGCCUCCCUGGUUUGACCCUAGGCGUCGUCGGGCUGGGCCGUCUCGGCGCAGCCGUGGCCCGUGUUGCCCACCUUGCUUGGGGCAUGCGCGUCGUAUGCUGGAGCGAGAAUCUCACGCAGCAAAAAGCUGACCAGAUGGCCGUUGCCGUCGGUUUGCCAACUGACGGUGGAAUCGAAGGCAGUAAAACAUUUCAGGCAGUGAGCAAGGAAGACCUCUUCCGCAGUGCCGAUGUCGUGAGCAUGCACUACGUGCUGAGCGACCGUUCACGCAACAUCGUCGGCCCGAAGGAACUUGAUAACAUGAAACCGUCAGCACUGCUUGUCAACGCAUCACGCGGGCCGUUAAUUGACCAAGAAGCCCUAUUGAAUACGUUGGAGCAAGGCAGGAUUCGAGGAGCUGCGUUGGACGUUUUCGAUAUCGAGCCACUGCCACUGACUAGCCCAUGGAGACGAGCUAACUAUUGGGGUCGAGAUGGACGUUCUGCUCUUCUUACAACGCCACACAUGGGAUAUGUUGAUGAAGGUCUGAUGAAUACUUGGUACGCUGAAACUGCAGAGAACGUGGAGCGUUGGGUCCAAGGGCAAGAUGUCCUU